AUGAGCUCCGCCGCCGACGCAGCAGAGAAGGCCCCUAAGCUGACCAUAACGCCCCUCCUCAAGCGGCUCUGGCCCCAGCCCGCCAGCGAGGACGUCUCAGCCUCCGAGAUCGCUCUCGCCAUAUCCCACAUCUUCACCAACAGCCUGACCGAUGUCCAGACCGGCGCUCUGCUCACCGCCCUGCACUUCACAGGCCGGGAUCGCCAGGCCGACGUGAUCGCCAAAUGCGCCGAAGCGAUGCGCGAUGCCGCCGCGCCGGUGGAUGAGCAGAGCUUGCGUGCGGUAAUCAAGCGGCGAGGCAAGAAAGAGGGAACCUAUCGCGGAGGUCUGUGCGACAUCGUAGGCACGGGCGGCGACUCCCACAGCACCUUCAACAUCAGCACCACCAGCUCCAUCCUCGCCUCCUCUUUGCUCCUAAUCGCCAAACACGGCAACCGGGCCUCGACCUCCAUGUCCGGCUCCGCAGACCUGCUCUCCAGCACGCUCCCCACCGCGCCCGUCCUCAGCAACGCCGCCCCGACCACCCUCUCCGCAAUCUACGCCGCCACAAACUACGCCUUCCUCUUCGCGCCCGUCUUCCACAAAGGCAUGAAAUACGUCGCCCACAUCCGGCGCCAGCUCGGCUGGCGCACCAUCUUCAACCUGCUGGGCCCGCUGGCCAAUCCGGUCGAGGCGCUGGUCGAGGCACGCGUUGUGGGCGUUGCGAGGAGGGAUAUGGGACCGGCGUUUGCGGAUGCGUUGAGGAUGUCGGGCGCGCGGAAGGCGAUGGUUGUUUGUGGCGAGGAGGAUCUGGAUGAGCUGAGUUGUGCGGGGAGGACGUUUUGCUGGCGGUUGGUCGAGAGGGCGAAUCCGGCGUUUCGGGGCCAGCAAGCGGGAAAGGGAGACGAGGUCGACGGGGAUGAGCAGAGUGACGAGACGUCAGACGACGAUGCCCCGCCGCGGACGGUCGUCGAGGUCGAGGCGUUUACCCUAUCCCCCGAGGAUUUUGGGCUCCCGCCCCACCCGCUCUCGGAAGUCAGCCCGGGGAAAGAACCGCACGAGAACGCGGCGAUACUCAUGCGGCUACUGCGCGGGGAGAUGGCCAGGGACGAUCCGAUCAUGCAUUUUGUUCUGAUCAACACCGCGGCGCUGUUUGUCGUGUCUGGAGUCUGUGAGGCGGACGAGAGUAGCAUGGGGCCAGGCGAUGAUGGGAAGGUGAUCAAGGAGAGAGGGCCCGGUGGUGGGCGCUGGAAGGAGGGCGUCAGGAAGGCGAGGUGGGCUGUCGAGAGUGGGGCGGCGUUGAGGCAGUGGGAUGCUUUUGUGGAAGCGACGCAUGCGGUGGAGAAGCAGUGA